GGCAUUCCCCCGUCAUCCCAGCCGCUCUCCGCACUCACCCGGUUCCCCCGCGACUAGGCGCGCGGCCGCCGCGGACCGUUCGGCCGCGCCGACCUACGCAGAGGCGCUGCCCGCUGCGGGGACUGGCCGGCGGCAUCCGAGGCCCGCGCCCCGCCGCCACCCCCGUCCGUCUGCCCGCCGGUCCCUCAGGUCGCCGCCAUGUCCUCCUCCUCAUCCUCCCCCAGGGAGACGUACGAGGAGGAUCAGGAGUACGAGAGCCAGGCCAAGCGCCUCAAGACUGAGGAGGGGGAGAUCGACUACUCGGCGGAGGAAGGCGAGAACCGCCGAGAAGCGACGCCCCGGAGCGGGGUCGAUGGCGGCAGCGGCCGGAGCUUCUCACAGCCGGAGGCAGGUGGAAGUCAUCAUAAAGUUUCUGUUUCACCUGUCGUCCACGUUCGAGGACUCUGUGAAUCUGUGGUGGAAGCAGACCUUGUGGAGGCUCUUGAAAAAUUUGGGACUAUAUGCUAUGUGAUGAUGAUGCCAUUUAAACGACAGGCUCUAGUGGAAUUUGAAAACAUAGAUAGUGCCAAAGAAUGUGUGACGUUUGCUGCAGAUGAACCCGUGUACAUUGCUGGUCAACAGGCUUUUUUCAACUAUUCUACAAGCAAAAGGAUCACUCGACCAGGAAAUACUGAUGAUCCAUCAGGAGGCAACAAAGUUCUUUUGCUAUCAAUUCAGAAUCCUCUUUAUCCGAUUACAGUGGAUGUUUUAUAUACUGUAUGCAACCCUGUUGGAAAAGUGCAGCGUAUUGUUAUUUUCAAGAGAAAUGGUAUACAAGCAAUGGUUGAGUUUGAAUCAGUCCUUUGUGCCCAGAAAGCUAAAGCAGCACUCAAUGGAGCAGAUAUAUAUGCUGGAUGUUGCACACUAAAAAUUGAAUAUGCAAGGCCAACGCGUCUAAAUGUUAUUAGGAAUGACAAUGACAGUUGGGACUACACUAAACCAUAUUUGGGAAGACGAGAUAGAGGAAAGGGUCGCCAGAGACAAGCCAUUUUGGGAGAACACCCUUCUUCGUUUAGACAUGAUGGCUAUGGAUCCCAUGGUCCAUUAUUGCCUUUACCAAGUCGUUACAGAAUGGGCUCUCGAGAUACACCUGAGCUUGUUGCAUAUCCAUUACCACAGGCUUCUUCCUCUUACAUGCAUGGAGGAAAUCCCUCUGGUUCAGUUGUAAUGGUUAGUGGAUUACAUCAACUAAAAAUGAAUUGUUCAAGAGUCUUCAACCUAUUCUGCUUAUAUGGAAAUAUUGAAAAGGUAAAAUUUAUGAAGACCAUUCCGGGUACAGCACUGGUAGAGAUGGGUGAUGAGUAUGCUGUAGAAAGAGCUGUCACACACCUUAAUAAUGUCAAAUUAUUUGGGAAAAGACUUAAUGUUUGUGUAUCUAAACAACAUUCAGUUGUUCCAAGUCAGAUAUUUGAGUUGGAGGAUGGUACAAGUAGCUACAAAGAUUUUGCAAUGAGCAAAAAUAAUCGCUUUACAAGUGCCGGCCAAGCAUCUAAGAACAUAAUCCAGCCACCCUCUUGCGUGCUGCAUUAUUAUAAUGUUCCAUUGUGUGUCACAGAAGAGACCUUCACAAAGUUGUGUAAUGACCAUGAAGUUCUUACAUUCAUCAAAUAUAAAGUGUUUGAUGCAAAACCUUCUGCCAAAACACUUUCUGGGCUAUUAGAAUGGGAGUGCAAAACUGAUGCGGUGGAAGCCCUUACAGCACUUAAUCACUACCAAAUAAGAGUUCCAAAUGGUUCCAAUCCAUACACACUGAAGCUUUGCUUUUCUACGUCAUCCCAUUUAUAAGAAGAGAUGAGCAUGUUAGAAUUUAUGUUCACCUUUAUUACAGUUUUAAAGCUUACACUUCAUUUAAAAAAUCUAAAGUGGUUGAUCUAAUGUUGCCUUGCUUACUUUGAUUUAAGAUCCUGUUCUGUAAUAAACAUAUUUUGCCUCAAGUAAAUUUGUUGUAAACUUAAAUAUUGAAUUGUUUUCAUUUUAAAAUAGAAUAUCAUAAUGUAGACUAUCUACAGCUUCAUUGUAGAUUAUGCAAAUAUAUGAUUUCUAACCUUAUUGCUAUAAUUUUUCUUUCACAGUGAAAAUACAUUUGCAUUCUUAAUGCUAAUUAUCCACAAGUAUUUUUCCAUUGUGUAUGAGAUUAAUGCAGGUGAAAGUAUUGCGUUUUAAUAUUAUAGAAUUCCUAUUAUAUGUUUAAGUAUGUUGCAGUUACUCAUAUUAAACAUAGCUUGUAUUUAUUAUUUUAAUCAGGUUUGAGAAUAACAUUGCACAUAUUGAAUUUUAAGUACUACAGAGAUUUAUCUGAUUUUAUAUUUCUGAAAGGCUAACAGACAUGGAUACACGUGUACAGUAUUCACUCAAACUUAUUUAAAUUGGUGUUUUUUGUUUUUUUUAAGUCAUUGUCCAUUUGUAUUGACAUGCCUCUAUCUGUUUCUAGUUCCAGUUUGGAGAUUAUAAAUUUAUAAUGUUACAGCAACGAGUUAAUGUGUUCCUCUUUAUUUGUUGCAUGUGACUUAAUCUUGAAAAUACGCCUGAUACUUGACAUUGAGAUUUUAAUAGAAGUUAUGAUUAACAGUUCCUCUUCUAGAAAAUAAUCUGGGAUUCAUGGAUGGUCUUUAGGGAGUCUGAACCCCCUAAAGUUGUAUGUAGAAUUUUGGGUAUUUGCAUUUUUAUUUUUUACUCUUGGAUCCAUCAGUAAUAUAUGUAUUUUUCUAUAUGGUGCAAGGUGUAAGGAUCUAAUUUUAUUUUUAUUCCAAACAAAUAGCUAUUUGUCUCAACACCAUUUAUUAAACAUUCUUUCUUCAACUGGAUUUGUUCUUUUCUUUUUUAUGAAAAUACUAUACAUAGGCAAAUAAGAUUUAAGGACUAAACAUGGUAGUAAGAGACUAUAGUAUACUUGUUUCAAGUUUACUGCUUUUUUAGAAUAGAAAACUGAUGUCAUAUUCAUCUUUAAGAGAAGGGAGUAUUAUAUGUAUCAUGGACGUGGAAUAACUAUGAAGUCUAUAGUUGGCAAUAGCAAUUUUGUGGUCUUGAGACUUUUAAAUAAAUUGAAAAAUAAAAGUUUCACUUAGAUCUUUUGUAAAGACUUUAUUUUGGAUUUUAAUGUAAAAAAGGCAGUUUGCCUUUGCUCCUUCUGGAAAUGAGUAAUAGUUUUAAAAAAUGUAAAGAGCUGUUUGAUAGAAAGUUUAGGUUGAAACCAAACACACACUUACAGUUACUUCCUCUUGAAUUUUGACAGCAGUAGACCAAUGUCCCUUUAGCUCUCUAAACAUGUAGAAAAAUUUCAAUGGGAUCUAGAAGCAUUUCAGAUCCUUAUCAUGGACCCACUUAUGCCAAGGGUAACUUAAGUGUGAACUGUAAAUGUAUGAUACUGGAUUAUGUAUGUUUCUUACUCAUUGGUAAUUUAAUACCUAACUUUAUGUAACUUUAAACAAACCUUUUUCCCCCCACAAAUAUUUUCUACAUUUGUUGCAAAAUUGAAAUAUCUUAACUUUAAAAGGCAACUUGUGGACUUGUGUAAUAGUUGUCUCCCUUCCUUCUCCUCCUCUGACAGCUAACAUGUCAGUGUUACAGAUUUUUUGUGUCUAAGAUUUUAGGAAACAAACCUGUGGAUAGUGGCAGGGCUUGUUUAAUUUAGAUCUGCUUUAAGUGAUGUUGACUUUUAGAUGUGAACUCUGUGUUAAUGCUCUCUCCCCAACACAAACACAAGGGAGUUCCUCAGGAGUAAACUAGUAAGUUAGGCCUCGCUGCAGUGAUCUCUGGGCUGGUAUAUCAGCCCUAUAUUGCUGUUGUCACUCAUGUCUUUGCAACUUGGGCAAAGUGAAUGGAGCCUGCUUUCACAGCACUCCGUCUUUCCUUAGCCUUGACAAUAACUUUCUUUCUUGUAUUUUUGUGGCCUUUCCUAUCUUUUUGCUUUUAGGAGAACAUGAAAUAACAGAUUUUUAGAGUUGUAAAGAGUAAGUACUGGCUCUGAGUUUAUUUUUUUUUUUUAUUUGAAAUCCA